CACACACACGCUCACACGCACAGAUCCCUGUUUCACACACGUAUCUCUUCUCUGCACGGAGACAACUGAUGCUUCAAUGAAGAGGAGAUUGAACGACCCGCCUCUGGAUGAAGUUGGAGAUUUUUUCGUGCCAAACAAACACAAUGUGACCAUGUUGAUCCAGUGACUGCUUCAUCCGCGUCCGAUUUCGGAGUAUACCUUCAUCGAGCCCGGGAAGAGAGACUUCAACAUGGGCAAACUUCAGUCCAAACACGCGUGUAAGCGCAGAGAAAACCCUGAAGGAGACAGUUUUGUUGUGAACGCCUUCCUGCGCAAGGGGAUGGAGGAGUGUGAGAGGUACAACGCGACGGAUCACAAGCUGAAGAACAUGCAGGAGUUCUCAAAUGGUGGGCUGAAGGAAGGACGAUUCACAGAUCAACACUGUCCCCUAGAGGUGGUUCUUCCUCCGGAGAAAGCUGAGGGCUGCGAGAGCUACCUGCAGUACCUGCACGCGGAGGACAGAGAGCGAGAGGUUCUCAGAGAUGCCUCCAAAGCCACUGGGAAGAAACGCAUCAGUCUGGAUGACUUGGAGUGUGAUGUGUCUGUGGAGGACGACAAUCGUCAGGAAUGGAUCUUCACCCUCUAUGACUUUGACAACAGUGGGAAAGUCACAAAGGAGGACAUGUCCAGUCUGAUGCACACCAUCUAUGAUGUGGUGGACGCCUCAGUGAAUCACUCCUGCCACAACAAGAGCAAGACUCUGCGGGUCAAGCUGACCGUCACUCCAGAGCCAAGGUGCCACCGGAGAGAAACAGGAGCAGAUCGCAGUCACCAGGAUGAGGGGGGGCGCUCGGCUGACAAACGACUGUCUGCAUACAUCAGCAGCAAAGGGCAGAGCAAUGAGGCGCCGGCCACUGAGGGUCAACAUUACUGUGUGGAUGAGAACACAGAGAGGAGGAAUCACUACCUGGACCUGGCUGGUAUAGAGAACUACACCUCCAGAUUUGAUGGCACCACCCCUGUCUACCCUCCCCAGGAGCCUCAGGGACGGAGCUCCCAGAGCCAGAGCCAAAGCCAGAGCCAGAGCCGCUCCCGCUCCCAGGACCCAGAACCACAAGUUGUUCACCAGCGGCGCUCACAAGUCAUCAGCGAUAGCUACAACCCCACAGAGUCUCGAAGCAGGGGCACGCAGUACCUCAAAUCGCCCAAAGGAAACUACAAGGGAAGCGGAGGAAAUAACGGGGUCAGCGGAGGCGGCAAAUCCACUAAAUGUCAUGGCUACCACCCUCCUCUGCAGACUACAGCAGGCCACGGAGGUCAGGAUGUGUACCACUUACCGCACCAAGCCCAACCCUCCAGCCACCAUCAGCACCCUUUGCAAUACAGCCACAGUAAGCGCCUGAGGGCCAGAACCAGGGAGACCCUGUCCCCGACCAAAACCCCUCAGUCGCAGCCGCAGCAGCAACCUCCUGUGCUGCCCAGCAUGGAGAGAGAGCAGGCGUCUGGCCCCCCUGGGAGCCCGGGGUUUGUGGUGCCCAUGGUCCAACGCCACGAGCACCACCAUCACCACGAACACCACCACCACCACCACUACCACCAUUACCACCAGACAUGACCGCCCUCAGUGUGCAGUGACUCAAACUGUACAGGACCAACCACAAGCGACCACACCAGUCUAAAGGACUUGACGUCAUCCCACGGGAGAGUCUCACUUUCUGUCCAGGAUCUUUAUAUUCUCUUGCAAGCUAUUCAGAUAUAUCCUGAGAUUAGAUGAACUGAGGAAUGGUGCCUGUGUGAUGCCCGAUGAUAAAGGACCAGAAGGAUGUAUUCAGAAGUUAUUGUGUAAUAACAAAAUACGUGUGGCACAGCUUUGAAGUUUUUUGUGGAUAUUCCGCUGGGACUGCUGCGAUCAGUACCUGUUUUCAGUAAGGGCACAAAUACCAGGAAGAACCGGAUCGAAGGACCCCCCUUUUCCCUCUUGUUGCUGUUGGUUGAAGUCCCAGGAAGCUUUACUGUAUAUCAGAGUAGGUGUGUUGUUCUGUGUGAGACCUUUCCAAAACACGGAUCUCAGGUGUAAAAGGUGCUGCUGCUCUCAAGCUUUUCAC